AUGCCGUCAACAUCGCUCGCCCUGACGCCGGGGCUAGGGUCUUUUCUCAAGUCCCUGAAGACCAACCCAGUCGAAACAUCGAUUGAGAACCUCAUCUCAUUACUCAAACGACGCCAAAUUCGUCAUUCGCGAUCAUGCGCUACAGCAACUGCCUACCUUCUUCGCCAUGUUGUUUCAGUCUGCAAGACAUCCGACCCACUCAAGCUCAUUGAGCGAGUGCAGACUGUAGGAAGGCGGCUCGUUGCGGCCCAGCCACGAGAAAUGGUGGUGGGCAACGUUGUGCGACGAGUGCUCGGCCUUAUCCGGGACGAAGCUGAAGAUGAUCAUGAUGCAGAAUUUGCUUUGAGUGAAGCUGGUUCUGAGAGCCAACCCCACACACCGCGGGCUUUUGAUGACCCAUCGUCAUCAUUGCCUUUGGACAGGGACGCCCUUUCUCUUCGUGGAGACGGCGCAGAGCGUCAAACAUCACGACCCACACUUCACUCUAUGUUCAGCCUCCUGUCGCAUCCCGAAGCGGAAUUUUCGCCAAUCAGCACCCCCGGUACACAGUCUCCGAAUGGGCGGAUGCCGCCUCAUGGCGCUGGCGGGAAGGAUGUCAAGGCCGAGGUCCUGGAAGGUAUCGGUGAGAUCAUUGAUGAACUCGGACAAGUUGACGACCAAAUCGCGUCCUACGCUUUGGAGCACAUUCACUCCAACGAGAUCAUCCUGACUCAUACAUCAUCUACAACGGUGCAAAAAUUCCUGGUCAAAGCUGCGACCAAGCGAAAAUUCACGGUGAUUCAUGCCGAGUCCUUCCCGAACAAUCAUGAGGCUACUCACGCUACCGUCAGCGGCAAGUCUGUCAAUGACGAGGAGAAUUUGAGUACCGAGGCCUUCCAGAAGCCCUUGAUUGCCCUUGGAAUCACUGUCAUCUUGAUUCCAGACUCGGCUGUCUUUGCUCUCAUGUCCCGGGUCAACAAGGUCAUUCUGGGUACACAUUCCGUCCUCGCAAAUGGCGGUCUGGUCGCUGCGGCCGGUACUCGGGUCAUUGCACGCGCUGCCAAGGUUCACCAAACUCCUGUUGUCGUCGUCAGCGGCGUCUACAAACUAAGCCCGGUCUAUCCCUUCGACUUCGAAUCCCUCAUCGAGUAUGGCGACGCCAGUAAGGUUCUCCCUUACGAGGACGGUGAUCUGGUUGACCAGAUUGACGUUCAGAACCCAAUCUACGACUAUGUCCCAGCUGAGCUGGUCGAUCUUUACAUCACCAACUUGGGAGGUCACGCUCCGUCAUAUCUCUACCGUAUUGUGUCCGAUCAUUACAGGAAGGAGGACAUCAGCUUCUGA